AUGAGUGGAGAAAGAAUCUUUACAUUACAAAAGAUGUUAAAGAUUGAAAAGGUAUCAAAUGCAAUAGAGUAUAAAUCGAUUGAUAAUAUGAACAAGAUGGUGAGAGAUAAAUCUGAAGCAUUGUUUGAACAAUUGCAUCAAAUUCGUGACUUGGAAAACAGUAUUGCUUUGUUGUUGGCUGACCGAGUGGGUACAUUGUCGGUCGGAACGAUAACAAGUGGAAGAGUGGUGACUGACUACUUUGACCAGACGGGCAGUCGAACGACUGAUCAAUCAAUCGUAUUUUAUCCACUCAUGGCAGACAGAGAAAAGAUCGAACGUCUCAUUCGUCUACUUCGUCAACACCCAGAUGUACUGGCUUCUACGCUACUUGUAAGACCACAAUACAUGUCAUCAUCACUCGCCAAAGAAGCAUCUCUAUCACACUCGAUCAUAUCAAUCUAUGGCAACUGUAUCACUGCCAAUGAUGAAUACCUAUUUCUUCAACUCAUAAAGACAAUUAUCGAUCGUGAAUUCGAUGUCUUUAUCCAGGAUCCCAAAAACAUUGAUCCUUCCACUCGUCUACCAAGCACAUCCAGUUUCUCUCAAAUGGAGCAUUAUGCCUACGUCCUCCUCAAUGCCCAUCUAUCCAUCACCUACACCACUCCCUACAUCACCAUCCUCUUGGACAUUAUCGAGAGUAUAGUAUCGAAUAAAUACUUUAGUUUUGGUGAUGAUCCUCCUGGAGGAUCCCGAGAAGCCUCUCAACCACCACCAUCUCGACAAAGUGAACAAUAUAAACAAGAAAUUUUAGAUAGUGAAGCAUUUGAAUUUAUAUGUCGAGUGGUCGACCAGGUGGACAAGAUACCAUAUGCUCUACGUUGGCUGUCAAAGCAUAUUAUCGACCUAGGAAGAUACCUCAUACCAUUGGAAGGAUCAUCUGGCAAUAUUCCAACAUCUUUGGACAAGCUUACAGAGAGUGACAAAUUGACUAUAUUCUACACCAUCUUUGGUAAUCUACUCAUCCCCAUCCUAAUCAAACCAGAUCAAUUUAUUGGUAUAGAUACUAGAAGCAAUGUAAAAAAUAAUUUAUCAAGAUUGGCAAAAAGAAUUACCUUAUUUAUGACUGAUCCUCAAUCAAUCCCCGAUCGUCUAUCUAAAAUUCUAUUAACAAAAAUUGAUCAAUUCAAUCAACAUAUUUUAAAUGUUGAAGAUUUAAAUGAUUAUUUUAAAGUACCAAAAAAUUUUAAUCAAAAUGAUUAUAAAAUACCAAUAUCAAUGUUGGAUUUAUUAAAAAUAUUGGAAGCUAUUGAAUCUAAAAAGGAUACAUUUAAAGAUCAAAAUGAUAUCUCACCCGAAACCUUGGAAUGUAUAAAAUUGGCACAAGAAAUUAAACCAAUCAUCAAUUUCAAUCAUGGAUUUAGAUUUAUUCAUCUAACCAUUGUUGGUCAUGAUGAACUAAAACCAGAGAAAAAAAAUCUAUCAAUGGAAGAAAAUCUUAUUAAAUUGGUUAAAAAUCAACUCAAACAAUCUCUAUUAAUGUUAUCACAAUUAUGUGGUUGUAGUAUUUCAAAUAAUAUUAUCACUAUUUUAAAUACUCAACAAAAUAGAAAUAUGGAUAGUAAAUUCCCAUUAAUUUUACAAGAAACUAUACAAUCAUUAAAUAGAUUACCGACAAACUAUCAACAAGAUGAUUUUAAACUAUUGUUGGAUGAAAUUUUCAAAGACAUGGACAAUGAACAAAAAAAGAUUGAAUGGGAAAAGGCAAGAAUAUUGAAUCGACUAUGUGAUUUGGACGAUCAAUUGGAAUUGAAUGUAAAGUCACAAACAAAGAUACUUAUAGACUCGCUGGUAUUCUUUAAAUUGAAAUGUAUAUCACAAGAAGAAACAUUUAUCACAAAUCAAGAAAUGUUGGUAAAGGCUGUAAAAAUCAUUACCGAGAAAAAGGAAUUAUGUCAUUGUAACAUUAUCAAACGAUUUUUAAAUCCUCCAAAAGUUGGUGAAAUCAUCAUUGAUUGUAAAGUUUGUCAAAGUCUAUCCAACCUCCUUUCCAAUGUCUUACGUAGGCCCAAAGAAGAACUAAAAGCUAGUUGGCCAGGUUCCAUGAAAGGACUUAAAAAAGCUUUAUUUUCUUUGGAAAAAUCUAUCAUUUCUCAACUUUAUAAUGAGAUAUUUAUGUUUUCAGAAAAUGAUGCAACUUUUUCUUCAAAAUUAAAUUCUCUAAGAUAUGAAUUGACACCAAAAUCAUUUUGUAUAGAUGAAACUAUUUAUGGAAACCUUUUACCAUUUGAAACAGCUCAACAACAAUUACGUAAACUUAGUUUAUUUAGAUCACCUCAUGAUAAAAUCCAAAUUAUUAUGGAUACUUGGUCAAUUGUUACAAAUAUGAUGAAAUCAUUAGGACAAGAAUUUGCACCAGAAUGUUAUAAUGAUAUUAUGGCUUUUGUUAUUUACAAGGCAAAUGUACAACAAUUACUUUCAAAUAUUCAAUUUAUUCAAUUAUAUGCAAGUCCGGAAUCACUUGAGGACCAUGAGUCUCAAUGGUUGUUUACGUUUAUUGGAUCAGUUUCUCAUUUGGAUAAUAUUGUUGAAGAACAUUUAAAAAAUCACGCAUAA